AUGUCUCGCCUGGGCAGAGCUUUGCGUGUCACGCUUGUCGAGUACUUCAAGAAGACGAGCCUCAAUGGCUUCGGUUUGCUCUACUUUAUCAGAAGACGUCGCUAUCAGCGCUUCUUCUGGUUUUUGUUUAUUGCCGUGGGCAUACUCUCGGCCAGUUUUGUGGUCUUUUCAACGUUGUUGCAGUUUCUGGCUCGGUCCACGGUUACCUCUUUAUCCGACCAGAGCUCAGCUGCAGAGGAUAUGCCGUUUCCCGCGCUGACCAUUUGCAGUGUAAAUAAACUGAGUCGCCAGCGACUGAACGAGUUGGCCCAGCAGCUGGCCAGCUCGAGCGGCAAUUCCACGGACUACUGGCUGCAGCGACUGCCACUGCUGGCUGGCUACUUCUUUCCUAGCGCUGUGGAGGCUUCGAGUGCCGCUGAACUGCAGGCUGCCUUGGAUGAUGCUCAGGGGGUGUGGCAUGUGCGUAAGCAGCUGUUGCAUCUAUCACCCAGCUGCGAAUCGCUGCUGCUUAGCUGCCACUUGGACGCAGUUGCUCUCAAUUGCUCCCAGCUAUUUCGUUUAAUGCCCACCUUUGAGGGCUGCUGCUGUGUCCUGCAGCAGCCGGGCAAGAUUACGGGCGCAACACUCACGCUACGACUCAAUGACUCCCGCGCGGAUGACUUUCACAUGCCGAGAACUCGACUCAAUGCGGGGUUUAGCCUGCAUCUGCCUGGUUGGUUGGGUCGACUGAGCCUGCAGCCUGGCGAGUCGUCAGCCCUGCAGCUGAGCGCGAUUCGUUUGCAAGCUGAUCCGCGGCUACGCGGUUUUCCUUUGGCCGAACGCGGCUGCCACUUUGCCGAGGAGGCUGAGCAUCUGGUGCAGUGUCUGCCACUCUGUCGCCUACGCAGCGCCAUUGCUGCCUGCAACUGUGCUCCCUUUGCCUACGACUUAUCCUCGACUGCGCUCGUUGAGCUCAACGUGAGCUACUGUAAUUUGGCGCACACAGCUUGCCUGCAGGGCCUAGAGGCGAGCUGGUCACCAUGGAGUUGUGUGGAGUGCCUGCCCGCCUGCAAUGAUUGGCGCUAUGAGCUGCGCAAGAGCUUGACCGGCUACAUGUCGCCCCUGGAGAGUAAAGUGAGCAUACGCUAUGGUGGACAGCGUGUGCAGCUCUAUCGACAGGAUGGGUUCUACAAUUGGUACGAGCUGUUGUCCAACGUUGGCGGCGUGCUCAGCGUUUGCAUUGGCUGCUCGUUUAUUAGCGGCUUUGAGUUUGUCUACUUUAUGCUGUUUCGACUGUGGCACAACUGGCGGCAAUUAGGACUGUGAUGGAAAUGGAGACGUGUCCAUUUGCGAGCAGAUA